AUGGCGGCGGCGGCGGCCACGGGCGCUCGCUCCUGGUUCGGCGGCGGCGGCGGCGGCGGCGGCAGCUCAGGCUCGAGGUCGGGCUCGGGCUCGGGCUCGGGCUCCGGCUCCCGUCUAGGGAGCCCGGCCUCCAGCCCCCAGCUCGGCGGCGACGGCAAGGGCCGCCCGCAGCCCGGCCACACGGGCCAGGGGCAGGGCGCCGGGUCGGGGCAGGGACAGGAGCCGGGCCCCAAGCCCUCGGCGUCCCCCGCCGCUCCUCCGGGCCACAGCUUCAGAAAGGUGACGCUCACCAAGCCCACCUUCUGCCACUACUGCACCGACUUCAUCUGGGGACUGGCCGGCUUUCAGUGCGAGGUCUGCAACUUUAUGUCCCAUGAGAAAUGCGUGAAACAUGUGAAGAUCCCAUGUGCCUGUAUUGCUCCAAGCCUGGUCAGGGUUCCUGUCGCGCACUGUUUUGGUCCCCCUGGACACUACAAGAAGAAGUUCUGCAUUGUCUGCAGAAAGCCACUAGACUCCCUUGCAUUUCGCUGUGAAGUUUGUGAGCUGUAUGUGCAUGCCGACUGCGUCCCGUUUGCCUGCAGUGACUGCCGCCAGUGUCAUCAGGACGGCCACCAGGACCACGACACAUACCAUCAUCACUGGAGGGAGGGGAAUAUCUCAUCAAAUGCCCGCUGCGAGGUGUGUAAGAAGACCUGUGGGUCCUCAGAGGUGCUGUCAGGCAUGCGGUGUGAAUGGUGUGGCAUUCUGGCUCACACGGCCUGCUAUGCUGUCGUAACCCCCGAGUGCACAUUUGGCCGACUGAAGAACAUGAUUCUUCCCCCUAACUGUGUGCGUUUGUCCUCUCGAAAUUUCAGCAAAAUGCACUGCUUCCGGAUAUCAGAGAGCAUCCAUACGGAGCCAGAUGAUGGCGAUGAUGCUGUGGACACUGGCCCAACUCCAGGGUCAUUGAAAGAUGUCCAGAUUUCUACAGACUCCAGCAAACAGACACUGAAGAUCUUUGAUGGUAACGAUGCCGUGAAGCGCAACCAAUUCCGGCUGAUCACCACUCCCAGGAUAGCAAAGACCGGGGAGGUCGUGGAGGCGGCCUUGAGGGCUUAUUACAUUAAUGAGGACCAGCGAGACUUUGAGCUGCAGACACUGACCCAGCAGGCCAUGGCUGAUUGUGCAACUCACAAAAAUGGAGCCUCGGAGGACGCCAGCAGCACUAGCAUUCCCUCCACGUUCAGAGAGUCCAUGCCUGAAGCCUUAAUCAUUCAUGCCAAGCCCAAGGAUCGUGAAGUUAUAAAAAUUUACCCGGCUUGGCUGAAGGUUGGAAUGGCUUAUGUCUCCAUUCGAGUGGACAAAGAAAGUGCUGCACAGACAGUGAUGAAAGAAGUCCUCCCGUUACUGGGGCGACAGGCAGAAAGUCUCAAGAAUUUCCGGCUUGUGGAGGUGCUCAUGGGCAGUAAGCAAGUUCAGCGGAUGACACUGACUGAUGAGGAAUUAAUUCUCAGCAGGCUUAGAGACAUCCGAAAGACUUCCAUACGUCAAAUGAACCAAACAAGAUUUUAUGUGGUGGAAAACAGCGAUGCUGCCACACAAGUGAACCUGUUUGUUGGGGGCCUGCCCCCCCAGCUCUCUGCUAAAGAGUACACUCAUAUCCUAAAAGAGGAUUUGGCUAUCAAAACAAAUCUAGUGACCGUAACUCACGUUUACGCAAAUCAAGGGGCCGUUGUACUUGACAUCUCCUGUUUUUCGGAGGCAGAGAGAAUAUAUAUGCUCAUUAAGGAUACAGUGGUCCAGGACAAGCAGCUGACUGGAAUUGUGUUGCCAGAAGUGAUGCACACGAAGCUGCCCCCAGACUGCUGCCCACUCCUUGUGUUUGUGAACCCGAAAAGUGGAGGGCUGAAAGGCCGAGACCUGCUCUGUAGCUUCAGGAAACUGCUGAAUCCUCACCAGGUCUUUGAGCUCACCAAUGGAGGCCCUUUCCCUGGGUUUCACAUGUUCUCCCAAGUCCCCUGCUUCCGGGUCCUGGUGUGUGGUGGGGACGGCACCGUGGGCUGGGUGCUGGGAGCCCUGGAAGAGAUCCGGCACAAACUGGUAUGCCAAGAGCCUUCUGUGGCCAUCCUACCUCUGGGUACAGGUAAUGAUUUGGGCAGAGUGCUGCGCUGGGGAGCGGGCUACAGCGGGGAGGACCCAUUCUCCAUUCUGGUAUCCGUGGAUGAAGCUGACGAUGUCCUCAUGGACCGAUGGACAAUCCUUCUGGAUGCUCAGGAUGUUGUCGAGAACACUGAGAACGGAGUGGUUGAUCCUGAGCCCCCAAAAAUCGUACAGAUGAACAAUUACUGUGGACUUGGAAUUGAUGCAGAAUUGACUUUGGAUUUCCACCAUGCAAGAGAAGAGGAGCCAGGCAAAUUUAAUAGCAGAUUCCACAACAAAGGGGUGUAUGUCAAAGUCGGGUUACAGAAGAUCAGUCAUACCAGGAACCUCCACAAGGACAUCCGACUUCAAGUGGACCGGCAUGAUGUGGAAUUGCCAAAUAUCGAGGGGCUGAUCUUCAUCAACAUCCCCAGCUGGGGCUCUGGAGCUGAUCUCUGGGGAUCUGAUAACGAUGCUCGGUUUAAGAAGCCUCGGAUUGAUGACGGUUUGCUGGAGGUGGUUGGGGUAACGGGCGUCGUUCACAUGGGCCAAGUGCAGGGGGGAUUGCGCUCAGGGAUCCGGAUCGCCCAGGGCUCCUAUUUCCGGGUCACCCUCCUCAAGCCAAUUCCAGUACAGGUUGAUGGAGAGCCAUGGAUCCAGUCCCCAGGCCACAUGAUCAUUUCUGCUGCUGGACCAAAGGUUCACAUGUUGAAGAAGUCCAAGCAGAAGCCGAAAAAAGGAACAGGAAGCAUGAAGGAUGCCAAAAUUGAGAGCUCUGGAGGCUCAGAAGGAGAGCUGAAAUAGAAGAGGGUGUGGAGGCCAAAGCCAAUGAAUGCCUCCUGGUGUACCCCAGGGCUGGGGCAGGGAAUUGGGGAAAGAAGGCCUGCUGAUAUACCUUGUUCAUCGCUGCCUUUUCAUCGUGUUUCCUGUAUGUUAAGUCCCAUUUGCCCCUUGUGCUCUUUGGUUUGGAAAUGUAUGCAUUCCAUGGCUUUUCAGGAACCUAUUCCUUCAUCUUGAGGUUUGCCAUAUAAAGAAAUUAGAAGAAGAAACAGAUCAUCUCCAAUGUAGACUUGGGGAUAAGGUCACUCAUUAACACGCACCAGAAUCAAACUAGAAGCAUCUACUUAUCCAUUGAAUGCAAUUUCUGGCCCUUAGGUUGCUCUUCCCAGACUAAAAAGGGUUCUCAUGUACACAGCUGCUCCCAAGGAAACAAGAAUCAGAAAAGGCGUGGGCAUUCACCUCCAUUACUGAGGUCAGACUCAUCUGGCACCAGGGUGGCUUUUCAUUAAAUUCUUGGUUGUUGUGAAUGUUUAGAGAAAACUCUAAUGAUGCCUUAUCCAACCAGUUUCAGCUUUGGUCCCAUCCUGUCCAAAGCCACAGUUUGGUAAUACAAGUUAGAUUAAGGCCCUAACCAUAAUCAGUUUAUUCCCUUUGCCUUUGGAGUGUUUCGUGGAGAUAUUUAUGGAAUCAGUCACACCUACUAUAUCCCCUACUGCCGAGUGCUAGACUUUGUUGUGGUGAGAAUCUGUGGUUGACAUGUACGUAUAUUCCUAAUUGGGUGACAGAAGAUGUCAUCUCCAAUGGACACUAUAUGCCAAUCUUUAAAUAAUAGAUUUAAGGGUACCAAGGACUCCCAGUGUAUGUACAGUAGUGCCACUGAAUUAAAAUGAAUAUUAAAGACAAAAAAUACUCUCUGGAAAAAUUGAGGGAAAGGAAAAAAGAACAGAUGAGGUUUUGAGAAGAUAAAGGGUAAAGGGAGGGAUGAAUGCUGAUGCACAGUUUUUUGUCCUGUCCUUUGGACAAUAUCAUUUAGACAAAUCGCCUCCUAUUCCCACCAGAGGGCUUUGCACUGAGAACCAGGACAGGUGAUAUUGCUAUAAUAUCUUAUCUUCCCCCAUCGUGGGCUGCCCUCUGCAACCAGUCCCUUGAAGGGUGUUUUCUUGCCAUUACUUUCCUCCCAUUUUUACUGGCCUGUCCUUCUUUAGCAUCUUGGCCAGUGUGGUAGCUGAUUUGAUCAUGUAGACCUAAGAAUGAUACUUCGCUAAUGUGGGGACAGGCAAUGGGUAAUACGACUUCAUCUAUCUUAUAAGAAAGCUAUACUCUUUCAGAAUGAAAAUUAGCAUAAAGAAUUAGGCAUUUCCCUUUGGGAAAAAAAAAUACCCAUUCUGUGGAUUUCCUUAUUUCUGGCCAAAUGUGUGGGGUUCUAGAGGCUGGAUGAUGCACUAAAAUUAGAAGUAUUUUCUGAAGAUUUCAGAGGCACUCCAACUAGGAAGAUUGAGUUAACAAUGAAAAGGCAUCAUUUCUUUGUCUUGGUAGUUUUAUACCAGAUUUUUAGUCUGUGUCUACAUAAUGGAGCAAGUGGUCCCCAAGUGACCUCUGUCUGAAUAUUUGACCCCUUCCAUGCCAGAGACCGUUUCCUAUGGCACCCGAAGUGAGCUGGACAGUCUGCAUGAGUGAUUAGGUCUUUCCUUCCCUAAUGGUACUGACAGAUGUGCCUGGUGUUCUUGGGCAUUCAGCUUCAGAUCCCACCCUUCAGACCUGACCCACCUCCCUCAACCUCACACCCUACCUCUGGAUUAUUGUCGGGACCAGUAGUCACAACGUGACAGGGACCGUUUUGGUGAAACAUCCUACUGGGGUCUCUUUUAUUCAGCUGCCGUUGGCUAUAUACUCAGUCUUCUUUAAAUGGUGCUUUGGCCACAAGACAUUGGAUCGCUAGGGGACCUGGCCUCAUUCAUUAGAUGAAUGUCCCUAAUGUGUUAUCCUCUGGGCAAAUUGACUGCUAACCCAGCUGAGCUAACUAAAGAGGCAAGAAAGUUUACAUUUUGUCAGAAUGUAGGAUGGAUCCAUUUUUCAAGGGCUAUGAAUGUUUUCAGGAAAUAGAUAAGGCUGUCUGACUGCUGAUGUAAAUUUCCAAGGUUUCAGUUGCAAAUGCCUGUUUUACUUCAAAAUGAGGAUUUUUUUAAAAAUUUAUAUAUGUUAAAUCCAACCCAAAACUUAGGUAGAGAUUACAAAGUUUUCCUGUGCAUUAGGCCAAGUCCUCCAGUCCUUUGUUAAUCCCGUAGUAGUGUGGAAAGAGCCCUUCCUCUGGAGGUGGAUCAGAUCCCACUUCCCCCACCCCAUCCCACCCCACUGCCAGUGCUCACUACCUGUGUGGCCCCCUUCCUGAGCCUCCGUUUCAACAUCUAAUGGCUUUUUAGGGCCAUUCUUACCCCAAAUCUUUGAUCCUAACACAGUGUACUAGAAAUGUGGAGAUAUUUCAUUAGAAGAAAUUGAUCUAAAAAUGCUUUAAAAUAUAUGAGACAUUUUUUAUCAUCUCAUAUUCUAUAUUUUAUGGUCAGUAUUUUUAUAUUAAAGAAGCAUUGUGAUACAGCAGGGUACUUGAUUUCUCAGCAAGAAGGUUCAUGGUGGGUAAUAUCUCACUGAUAGGUGUUAGAGCUUACCUAGAGUCACUGUCAUCUCUAGGGGAGUGGACAUGGAGAAAUGUAGGGCUAUAUAGACAUAGGGCUUAUAGACCUUGUUUCCCAGGGGAGAGCAGAUGAGGCACUUGGAAUUUUCUUGCCUGAGCCAGGCAAACCCUAUUUUUAAGUGUUUGAAUUUUUGUAUGAAAGUAGGUGGUUAUCUGCUCUGAAAGCUAAAACAAAUGAAGCACAUAGCAAAAAGUAUUCCUUUUUCUUUUUAAGAUGUUUUAAAAUCUAACUUGGUCCAAUGAUGCCUCUGAAGCUACCCUUAGUAAGUGGGAUGCUGGUAUUUUUUAAUAUUUGAGAACACCGACCAUUGCAGAACUGGAGAGAAGCACAGAGAACUUUGAGUCCAGUGUUCUGGUUUGACAAAGGAAGAAAGUGAGGUCCAGAGUGAGGACGCAAUUUACCCACGUCCACUCUUAAUUGGGAGGGCUGGGAUUCUACCUCUCCUGCCUCUCAAUCUUGUGUUCUUUCCAUUCAUUAGAGCAGGCUGUCUUCUGCAGUAACUAAAACUGAAAAGCCUAUUGCCUACUUCCAGAGGUCAGAGAGAUGGGGAGAUUGCAGUGGUUACUGUCAUACUGGGGGUGGGGGAGUUGGGGGUGGAUCAAAGAUGUUCAUUUAAAUUUUAGUUACUUUAAGUGGGCAAUUUCUAAGGGAACAGUUCAUAGGGUAUGGGCUCAGGUAGCCAGCCAAGGAUAGCAGCCCCAAGUGGCCUUUCAAGCCUAUAUUUUUGCCACCACUUUGGUAAGAAGGCAUCCUGAAGCCAGGGUUGAGAGGCAGGAUUUUCUGUCCUGAGAGAAAGAGCGAUAAACAAAUUUUUUCCCCUCUUGUGUGAUCAUUUGUGCUGAAGUUUUCAGCCAUCUGAUGAUAGACUGAGGAUUAGAGGAGUGGAUUUUUGUCUUUCUAGAAGACAAAAGACUGUAGAUGUGAACAUCCGUACGUAGUUAAACUAUAGGACUCUCCCCCAUCCUUAGGCUAAUUGAGACCUUUCCUGUAUCAAUCCUUUCCAAGAUUCUGAUGGGUUGAAUGUCAAGCUGAGAACAAUCUGGGAGAUAUUUAUUUAGGGCCAACUAGUGCAGGAUUGUUGGAAAUGAUUGCCUGAAAAGAUCUUUUGAUUCUGAAAAUCUUGUGUAACAUUAUUUCAUUGUGCAAAACUCCAAAGAUUAAUUCCCCUCUUUAUAUAUUCCUGGAAGAUGUGACUUAAGGGUUGGUUCUCUUCUUUAAGGCAUUUGUGCUUUCAGACAUGAGAUUUAUAUGUUCAUCAACUUUGUGUUACCAAUGUCUGUGUCUGGGCCAGGGCCUAGAAGAGAUGAGACUUCCUCUUCAGCUCUUAGGUUCCCUGAAGUUUACAAAGAAUCAUUUCCAGCUGCUGGAACCUUGUCAACCCCAUUUAUUUGGAACUCUCUAGAUCAGAAUUUGUAAGUCAGGACCAGACUUGGGCCAAAGUUUACUUAUGAAUAUAGCUUUACUGAAUAAGUUAGCAGUGUAAAUAAAUACGUUUGAGUAGGGGCAAAGCAACUUUUAACCUACUUAAGAGAACAAAUUGUUCUCAAGCACUUUAGAAGCACACAUUUACUGAUAGUUAACAUGCAAAUUGCAAUAAUUCUUAUCAAUUCUUUGAAGCAGGCUACUUAUUUUGAGCCUAGUUGAGUUUCUGAAUGUACUUCAAAAUAGUAAGACUGAAUUUUUUUCUAAAAUUUUUUCUAAUUUGAAUUGUUCUCCAAUUCAGACUGACCUUCCCCAAAGUUAAUCUGAACCUAAUAUGCCUGGAUUCCCACAUAAAAAGGAUUAAAAAGUAGUUUUUGCUUUGUCUAGUUACCCCUGAAAAAGAAGGCUAAUUUUUAAAAUGUAUAAAGAUAAAUAAGAUGAUACAUGGGAUUUCCUUUGAGGAUCUCUGAAGGAAAGAAUUAUGUAAACUCCAGACUUUGGUUGUUGCUAUUUCUGUCUUAAAUUUUAUCUCUAUUUUAAAAGAACAGAAAAUCCCUUUAUUGUGAAGAAUCUAUCUGGACCAGUGGUCUGUGUACAGUAGAUGUUUAGGAAACAUUGAUGAAUGACUGACAGAUUAUGUAAUAUUUCUGCUUACAUUUUGAACCAAACUGGUUUCUGCAGAUAACAGGCCAUUAGGUCCCCAGGUGUAAAGACAAUGGCUUUCAGUGUUACUCAACUGGCCCCUGCUUCCUCCCGUGACCUUUCUGAAAGUGUGGUGUGGGACCGAGAGUUUGAGCCGGAGGCAGUCUUCGAUUGUGGAGGGAGCUGGACUUAGAUACCUCUCUGUCUAAACUGAAGUCCUUUGGAGUCUUUAUUUCAUCAGCUGUUGGCAAUAAACAGUGCACCCAUUUUCUUACUCUCAAAAGAAGUUUGGGUUCAUGAAGUCGUGGGCUUUGGAGAAUGCUUCUGAUGCUUUCCCUUUUUUGUUGUGGUAAGAAAUGAAGGGGCUGGGAAAAAAAACAAACCAAAAACAAAAUUUAAAAAGGAAAGAAUAGGCUGGCCCAACCCUCUUCAAGAUGAGCCAAGUUUGAGAAGCCGAGCCUCAGUAUGUGCUAACAUUGAGUUUUUUAAGUGUUGAAGUGGAAAUGACGUGGCUGAUGCCAAGGAAUCGGUCCAAGUGGGUCAGUCAGCACCGUCCAAUUCUGAUUUCUUGCUUAUCUUCCUUCCAGCUUCUGCCAAACUCUGUGAACAGAUGAAUUGUACCUGUAAACCAUUCCGUGAUGGAAUAUCAUUUCCUCAUCAUGUGCCUCCAGUAUGAGAAUUCUCAUUGCAUAUGUUUACUUGCAGUUUUUCAUCUUAAAAAAGAAAAAUUUAAUGGUGUUACUAGUUUCUGUUCGUUACUUGGCAAGCCACUGUGUUGGUUCCUGAUCUGUAAGAAUUAUUGUUUCUCAAUUGUAGUCAGUGUACAAAGAAAAUUAAGGUGAACUUUUUCUUUUUAUAUUUAAGUAUGAGUUUUGUCUUCAUGUCCCUAGACUGUUUUCUGUAUAUAUUUUGCAUUGUAGCCAUGUGGUGAUUUUCUUCUGACUGCACUUUGCACUGACCUGAAUUCUGAACUCUAUGUAUAAUUUAUGGGUAUCAGAGAUAGAAAAUAAUUUAUAUCUGUGACAAAUACAGUA